CCCCACACCACCACCAUCCUCCCCCACAGGUCUUCAUCCUCUACUUCAAGCCCAGCACCUUCCGCUGCAUCGCUCUGCGCUGGGUGCGAGUGCUGGGCUUCGCCAUCGUGUACGGCACCAUCACCCUAAAGCUGUACAGGGUGCUGAGGGCGUUCCUGGCCCGUGCGGCACAGCGUGUGUCCUACACGGCCAGCGGGCGCGUGUUGCGGGCUCUGGGGCUGCUGCUGCUGCCCCCGCUGUGGUUUCUGGCUGCGUGGACCGUAGCAGCAUUGGAGAACGUCGGCCGGAACGUCCCGCUGGUGGUCCGUGCACAGACUGCCCGAGGGCUGCACUUCUCCACCUGCAGCCACGACCGCUGGGACUACAUGAUGGUGGUCGGUGAGGGACGGCUGAGCCCCCUCUCCCCCGGUGCCCGCAGCCCUCCCCGCUGCUCCACGUAUCCACAGAGGUGCCCAUGCUGUGUGCUUUGUCCUACAGCCGAGCUGCUGCUCCUGCUGUGGGGCAGCGCGCUGUGCUGGGCUGCUCGUGCGGUGCCUUCCGCCUUCCACGAGCCGCGCUAUAUGGGCAUUGCGCUGCACAAUGAGCUGCUCCUCUCGGCCGCUUUCCACGCGGUCAGGUUCAUUGCGGUGCCAUCGCUGCACCCGGACUGGAUGCUGCUGCUCUGCUUCGCCCACACCCACGGCACUGUCACCGUCACCCUGGGGCUGCUUUUUGUCCCAAAGGUAAUGCACGGCCCUAAGCCCGCGG